GGCAGCCAUCAUGAUAAAUGAAGUUUUGGAAUGCAAAAGUGUUGGUUUUACUUGAAUAACUUUCACUGAAGGCGUUUUCCAGCCUUAAAAAUGGAAACCCCGGUAGAGCGAUGGUUAGGAACGUUCAUGUGCCGCCAAUACUCGCCAGUGUUCUUCGCACAUGGAUACAAAACACUGGAAUCCGUGUGCCAGCUCCAAGCGGGACAACUUCAUACUAUGGGAGUUAACAUGCUAGAUGCAGAGAAGAUUCUAGAGAACGUCAACAUGUUGCGGCAAACUAUGAGUGUGGGUACUCAGUCUCCUUCGGGCCCCAUGCCUCCACCCUCUAGUGUCCCCUACAGUGCACCCCUAGACCCAGUUGUGUCACCCGCCAGUAACGCACUCAGAAACGUUGCAGCAAUGAAUGCCAACAGAGGUGGGAUGAACCAAUAUAGUGACAGUAUGAUGGGCUCCUACUCCCGACCUCCCAUGCCUCCAUACUCUCACAAUGACCCCACACAAAUGGGUGCUAUGGGCUCUAUGGGUUCUAUGGGGAUGUCAGGGUAUGGGAGCCAGGCUGACCUCUACUCCGGGCAGGCACAUGCUCCACCUAUGAUGCAUCAGCCAUCUUACAGCAGUGCCAGCAGCAUGUAUAUGAACCAGACCAUGUCUUCGCCACCAUACAGUACAGCAGCACAUCAGGGCUACACACCCCCAGCCUACCCCAUGCCAACGUAUAACAGCCCUACAGGUCAUAUGGGUACAGAGAGUUCGCUGUAUCAUGCAGGGCCCACUGCCCUCCCUCCUCCCCCUAUGAGGCCCCCACCCUCACCUGCCACUGAUAGCUUCCUGCAACAUAUGGGCUCUUCCUCCCAUUCAUACCCCAGUAUGCAGCCUCAACCCAUGGGGGCACCUACAUAUGAUAAAUACAGGGACAUGAGACUAGGAGUGCCCCCUAUCCCUCAGUCACCACACCACAUACAAAGCAGCCCCUCACACUUAAAUUCUAUGAGACAGAGCAAUCACUUUGCAUACCCAGGUCAGACUCCCCCUGGCCCCACAUACCCAAGUCAUACCAGGACCUCUCCCAUAAGUCCUAUGAUUCGUAGCCCUGCCUCUGUGCAUAGCAACCACAGUGUACCCAGUGUGCCAACAGACAGUUCGAUGCCACCUAAAAAUAUGGAUACUUUGACGAGCCCUAUAUCUGCAUCGGUUAAGUCCCCAGGGUCGGUGGCCUCACCGGCUCAUUCAAUGGGGGCUAUGGGUUCCCCAAACCCUCCUCGGCAGUCCCCAGCACAGCAGCCUACCAGCUCACCUGCCCAUCCUGCCUUCCCCCCUCAAGGUCAGGGUCACACACCAAUGGCUUCCCCCGCACACAGCGGCCACUACUCACCACAGAAUAGCUACAGUAGUGGUCACUCACAACAACAUAACUCACCGUAUCAACAACAGCAUAGUUCACCAUACCAACAACAACAGAACACACCGCAACAGCCUAGCACUCCUCAGCAACAGAUUCAACAGCAACAACAACAACAACAACAACAGCAACAGCAGCAGCAACAGCAGCAUCAGCAGCAACAGCAGCAACAAUCACAACAUCAAAACUAUCUGCCACAAUCCCCUGGGGGAUUCAAUAACCAAUCAAACCCUAGC